AUGGGACCCACACCCUCCUCUCCCCUUCUAAACCUGACAUCUCUCUCUUCUAAUUCAACCCUAAAACAUUGGAGUGGCUUGGAAGAUUACAACCACCGGAAACCAACACUGUGCCGAAAACCACCACAGCCGCCAGAAAUCACCAUAGCCACCUAUAUUCUCCUUCGUCAACGACCUUUCACCAUUAUCUUCCAACCUAUACUUCAUCCUCUUGUUUCCCAUAGAUGGAGGAAAAACAACUUCAUGGUGGUGGUGGCGGCGUAUGAAAGCGGCAAGCAAGAAAAUGGAGUGCAAUUCGGAGAUUCACUUAAAAGAGUAAAAUAUGGCAGUGGCAUUUUCGCAAUUUUCAUGGUGGUCAUGGAGUGGAAAACAUCAAGAUACAAAAAUCCGCAACGGUUCCCAUUAGUAAAUGUGACACCAUCAGCCUCUAAAAGAGUAAAAAGAAAGUGGCAAAAUCGAAGAGAACGCAAGGUUGAUAAAGAAUAUGAUGUUGUAUUGGUUCCAUCCGACGGUGGUUGUUUAUCCGGAUCAGAAUCCGACGACUCUGAUUGGUCGAUUGGAUGGUUGGAACCUCAUGGUGCUGGUUUUUAUAGUGAUGAUGAUGAUGAUGAUGAUGAUUCAGAUGAUAGUUUUGCUGUUCUUGUUCCUUGUUAUGGUCGUGGAUGUGGGGAUGUUGUUAACACUAAGAAUGUUUCAAAUGAUAGAUUCUUGGACCACACUAUUGGACAAGUUCCCGAUAUUUAUUCUACUCAGAACGAAGUGUACAUGGAACAAUGGCUGUCGUCGUUACAGCGCAAUUGAGCGUGUAUUGUAGCCGAUUAACUGUAAAAAUGUAUCUAUAUGUAAAAAAGAUAUUGGUUUGAUCCAUGUGUUGCUGUUGUUACUGUUACUGUCAAUGUAACUGUUACUGUUAUUGCUGAAUAUUGUGACGACAAGAAACAGAUUGAUGUGCCAAGAAAAUUGAAGCUAUUGACUUAAUUGAUUUAAAAGCAGGAAGAAAUGAAUUGAAGAUUAGCAUUGAUCUGGGAAAUAAUUAAGAUUUUUGUUGGGUGAUCUAUGUUAUAAAAUGUAAAUAAUUUGUAUGAUGUAAAUAUUCAUUGGAAGGAGUGUGAAAAAACAACUUCCCCCCCAAAAAAGAGAGAUUGUAGAUAAUUCUUGUAAUUAUAUUCUAAACUGAAUGCAUUUGUUGAUAAUCUAUGUUGUGAAGUAUUAUGUUCCUUUGUUGUUUGAAGUCUUGUGCAUUUGUACCCGA